AUGUAUCCUACUCUUCCAUAGUAUAUGAUAGCUUCCGAUAAAAUGACUAAUGAACUUACAAUAAGACAAAACAAAGUCCUUAACUGAGUGAAAGCGACUCUUUGGAACAUGAAAGAUCGCAGCCUGUCCCCUGUGGCUAUUCCCAUGGAGUUCGAACAAUAUAAAAAAGUCCUGAUGACCUCACGGAAAAAUCUAAAUGAAAGUUGAAUUCAGUCAAAUUAAUUGCUGCAACACAUCAAAGAGCAUCAUACAAGUCUUUACUUGUGGCAGCUGUAACUCCUUCAUGAAUAGGCCUUCACUCUCUGUCUGUGCUUCUUUCACUCUCUCUCACAACACACACACACACACACACACACACACACACACACACACACACACACACACACACACACACACACACACACACACACACACACUCUCUCUCCUUCCCUUUCCCAUGUUGUUCAGGAUCCAGCACACACCCUUUACUGAGAUAAGCCUGCCUGGUAGUUCCUCUUCAUAAUACUGUAAUCAUUAACGUUGUGCACUUAGGGACAAGUCUGAAGGACGGUAUUCAUGCGCAUAAGGAUUAGAGACUACUUGAAAAAAGCUGAGGAGAAGCACAAAUCAUCCUGAGUGAAAUGCAAAAGAAAUGACAAUGCAGUACACAGCAUUGCAUAAACUUCUCUGGCUUUUAAAUGCAUUAAUUCUUACAACACAAGAGUUGGUGAAACUAAGGGUGAGUCCCAGGAUUAUUGCAGAAUGCGGCAAACAGGUUACCCUAAACUGCAACGUGUCCUCAUCUCGAAAUGGCCUAUCGAUCAAACACAUGGAGUGGUUCCAAAACCAUACCUCUUUCUGUUCAGUGGACAGUGAAGGAAAAAUCACAAACCACAGACACACUCAAAGUGACUUCCAUUGUGAGUACAGACAUGGACAACUGUCACUCAUCUUUAGAAGAGUGCAGCCACUGGAGAGCAGAAACUCAAAACCCUACGUCUGCAAACUACAGUCCAACAAUGGAGCUUCACAUGCAAAGACAAGUGUGGAGUUACAAGAGUGUUGUUGGCUCGUUGAGGGUGUUUGGACUAAUGACCGUCCCACCUGCACCUUUAAAAAUGUCUACCCAGAUGGAGACGUGCACUGGUUCCACGGCUCCCGCAAUCUCUCAGAUGAGUCAGUGAAGCACCACACUACUAAACAUGUGGACGAAGGGGGUUGGCUGACUAUCCAUAGUUACCUGGAGCAGAAUCUUUCAGGUGGACCCUACAACUGUUCCUUGAAGAGCACCACAUCUGGUAUGGCUCAAAGCUGGAGGACAAACGCAGCUCCAAGGCUAAAACGCUGCCUUUUUAACGCCUCAUUGCAGCCACUUCAGCCACUUCAUUGUCAGAAUGACUCUCUGCUAAUGGUGAUACUAAAUCGGUGCCACGCAGGAGCAGGUUGAACUUUUAGCAAGACGCUGCUGCGGCUGAGAGCCCACUGCGUGAAUAACUACAAGGUCACCUUGACUAUUCCAGUGCACAUGGAUACACAUAUUUAUACACACACACACACACACACACACACGUAGAUAUUUGUGGAAUAAUAAUCUCUCAAAUGCAUGGUUGUGACUAAUAUUGACACUGAACAUUUUCUUUGUGAAAUAUUAUUUAAAAAUCAAAACAAUCUACAUAGAUAUUUACAAAAAAUUAAUAAUGUGAUGACUGAAUUAUUCAAAAUGUCUUUUUUAAAUAACUCUUUAAUUCAAACUUUAUAUUGUGAUUUGUUUCAACAUUAUUUAGCUGACAUUAACAA